GGCUCCCCUCCGGCCCGGACCCGUGGCCCCGCGCGCCCACGGCAGGAUGGACUCGGCCACCGCCAACGGGGACGACCGGGACCCCGAGAUCGAGCUGUUCGUGAAGGCUGGAAUCGACGGAGAGAGCAUUGGCAAUUGUCCUUUCUCUCAGCGCCUCUUCAUGAUCCUCUGGCUGAAAGGCGUCGUGUUCAACGUCACCACCGUGGACCUGAAAAGAAAGCCAGCUGACCUGCACAACCUUGCCCCUGGCACCCACCCGCCUUUCCUGACCUUCAACGGGGAAGUAAAGACCGACGUCAAUAAGAUCGAGGAGUUCCUGGAGGAGACCCUGACUCCUGAAAAGUACCCCAAACUGGCUGCCAAACACCGGGAGUCCAACACGGCAGGCAUCGACAUCUUCUCCAAGUUCUCUGCCUACAUCAAAAACACCAAGCAGCAGAACAACGCCGCCCUAGAGAGAGGGCUGACCAAGGCCCUGAAGAAACUAGAUGACUACCUAAAUACGCCUCUGCCCGAGGAGAUCGAUGCCAGCACGUGUGGGGAUGAAGACAAGGGGUCCCGGCGCAAGUUCCUGGAUGGAGAUGAGCUGACACUGGCUGACUGCAACCUCCUGCCCAAGCUCCAUGUGGUCAAGAUCGUGGCCAAGAAAUACCGCAACUAUGACCUUCCGGCUGAGAUGACAGGCCUGUGGCGGUACCUCAAGAAUGCCUAUGCCCGGGACGAGUUCACCAAUACCUGUGCGGCGGACAGCGAGAUCGAGCUGGCCUAUGCGGACGUGGCCAAGCGCCUCAGCCGCUCCUGAGCUCCGCCAUCUUGUCCACCCACACUGCAGAAAAUGCUCCGGGUCUCCCAAAGACCUUCGACUUUACAAAUUCCUCUUCCUCAUCACCUCUGGAAACUUGUGCUUUGAUUUCGAAUCAGGCCACGUCUCGCUGGUAUCACCAGAACUCCAGCCUGCCACCUUUUUUUAAGGAAGGCCAGCACCACUUCAAGAAUUUGGCCAACAAAGAGGAUAAAACAAGUCAGCCUCUCCCCUGCCAGCCUGACCUGGGGUCUGUGUAUUUGGGGUCAGCUACAGAGCACAAGCGUGGGACUGUCACUGACCCCUGGUUCUGCCAACACCAAACUAUCUUCUCAUCCUUUAUGGACAUGAAAUAUUGCCCUUCUCUUUCAGUAACUGUAAGGCCAACGAAACAUGUCUCUUUAGUUCUCAUUAGAGAGAGAUCCCUACCUUCUCAGGAGCAGCAGUGACUGGGACAGGACCCAGCUGAGGUUGGCUUUGGGUAACUUAUCAAACCUGCAACCCCAUCGUUCUGUCCCUCCCAACUUCCGACACUCCUGCCCUAUGGCACCAAAAGCCAGAUGACAAAGUCACUUCAGACGAUCUUAGUUUGAUGCAGUGCUGGAAAUGGUGCAAUGUGGUUUGUGCAACUGGCUCCGGUUUUCAGGUAGUCCUUGGUCUUGUUUGCCAGGGAGGAAACUGGCAGGUAAUCCCAACCUGGGGGAGUGAGAUGGAGAUGGUUGAGGAGCGAUGUUGAUGCCAAAAAGGCCCAUGGGGUCUGCAGCCACAGGGUGUGCAAAUCUGAGUAGGAGUUGUUGCUCACUGGAGACCAAGUAUUGGGGUGUGAUUGUGCCUGUUAGUGAGCAGCUUCUGGUGGAUGAGGAAGAGGGAGGAGUGAACACAGAGGGUGGAGGAAGAGGGCUGGGUAAAGACAAAGCAGCUCUUUUAUGAGCUUGAUAUUCCCGCGUAAACUGUGAGACUGUGCUUUCCACGCAUGAUCUAAAUCUUGCACUGACGAUAUAACUACCAAUCUUACAGCAAAAACCCCCAACCAUUGGCCAAAAAAAAUUGUCUUCCCUGUCUUUGAAGAGGUUUCUCCUUGAUGCAGGUCGCGGGCUGGGGGCUCUCACAAAGCUGUUUGUGGUGCACAGAUAUGUUUAGAAGCUUAGAAGGUUGGCAUGAUCUUGGAGCACCUUAAGAAGAAAGUGCAUAAACCUUUCUGUCAGGGAAACCAGGUGGCUUGAACGGGAAGAACACUG